AUGCCGGGCAGCCCAGAGAACAUCCCCUUGGGAGAGUGCACCCUCUCCCAGUCCAGGGACCAGCUGACGCCCUCCAGCCGCACGGAGAGCACCGUGUUCAGCCUCUCUCGCAGCGAGUCCCUCUGGACCUCCGAGACCUCCCGCAGCAAAUGCGAAGUCUACUGGUUCCCCAUCCACCUCAUGUCCACCGGGGGCAGCUUCCUGGCAUGCGGCAUCAUCAUCAGCGGCCUGUACUUUGCCGGCCACUGCAGGAAGGUCACUAACAUCCUGGGACCCGCCCUGCUGUCCAUUGGGCUGAUGGUUUUCGUGGUGGGGGUGGUCCUGAUCCCCAUCACUAAGGAGAACAGGAAGCGGUCGACAAUGAAGAGGCCCCUUAGCUACUACAGGCCUCCCAUGUUCAAUCUGUGA